AUGGAUGGAAGGAGAAUUGUGAGUGGGGCGAGAGAUGGCAGGAUAAUCAUAUGGGACGCAAAUACGAAGGAGAUCAUCAGAUGUCUGUCGGAUCACACAGACGAUGUCAAUUGCAUACAAUUCUCACCUGAUGAGCAAAGAUUCGCCUCCGCAUCGUCCGACGGCACACUAAAAAUCUGGGAUGCGGAGACAGAGGAACUGGUAUUCGACAUCGAUGAUCACCAGGAUAAAGUGUGGACAGUGGCCUAUUCUCCUAAUGGAAGCAAGAUUGCGAGUGGGUCAUAUGAUCAGACGGUUCGCAUCUGGAACGCAACGACUGGCAAGCAACAAACACAACCAUUUUCCCAUGGUGAUGCAGUUCGCGUGAUGCUGCUAGCUCACCUUCCCCAUCUCUACCCCCUCAAAGUCAUUCCAAUCAUGAAAUCACUACCCCAGUCCACUCCCCUCCUCGUCAAGCUUUCCGACGGAAUCCAAGUUCCUCCAGAAACCAUCAACUCGCGUGAUGCAGCUGCAUCCUCUUCCCCAUCUCUUCCCCCUCAAGGCUCCUCUUGUCCACAAAUACCUAUUGCUUCAGCUUCCACUCCAAUGCUGACCUCACCUCGAAAAUCGUUUUGGAAGCGCUUUCCUAUAUUCAACAGGUCUGCAGCAUUUGCAGACUCUAAGCGGUGGAAAUUCCCGCGCAUUGGUACAACGGUAGCAUCAUGCAGCGCAAACAUCGGAACGUGGGACCUGAUGAUACCCAGCAUUAGCGUGCUUCCGGUUUUUGUCUUCAUGGGGGUGAAGUUCCCCCUCCCAUUCUAUCGUAUCGUGUAUCCCGUACCCAUUAUUCUUCUGAAGCCAGCGCUUUAUCCAGCGUGGCACGCCCGUGAUACAACCGCUGACCCACACAGCCCGCAGUCCUGUCGACCGCAAACAAAUAAUCAAUCAUUCGAUUAG